UCUCAAACAAUUCGCUCCAAAAUGAAAAUCUCAGACUCAACCACGCCUUCCAUUUCCCAACCGCAAAACCCUAGACUCGUUAUUUCGACGCGCUCGCUCUAUUUGCAAUUCUUCGACCUCUACCAAAUCUCAAAUCGCAAUCUGCUUCUCCUUCCGAGCUCCGAGAACUUGUUGGGAACGGGUAAAGACGACGGGAGGCAUUGUCAGAUUGCAAGGUUGAAUUUUGCAGAGUCGUCUUCUUACUUUCUCUUUGGUUGCAGAUAUGCUGCCAGUAGUGAAUAUCAAGUGACCUCUGGCACUCUUCAAACAUGUCAUGGUCAAGGGUUUGCAAAAGAGCCCUUCCGCUCUCGCCUUACUUCAAGAACUCACAGCAUUUCCCUUGUGAAUCCAGAUGCAUACCCAAUUAUAAUUUCAUUGGAGGUAGUAGUAGCAGUGCAUAUCAGAGGCAUUUUAGCCAUGAUAGGACUAGUUGGGGCUUCAAGCUCGGCUCUUUUGAGAAGUGCGGUCAGCUUCCACCAUUGGCUUCUCAAUCUUUGUUGAGAAUCCAGCGACCCUAUUCUUCUCAGGCUACCUCACAACAGAAAUCACGCAAGAUGCUGUUGUACCUUACGGGUUUGGUUUUUGCAAUGGUGGCAAGCACUUAUGCAGCUGUUCCUCUCUACAGAAGAUUCUGCCAAGCUACUGGGUAUGGAGGCACUGUCCAACGCCGUGAGAGUGUUGAGCAGAAGAUUGCUCGGCAUACUAAGGAUGGCACAGUCACUACUAGGGAGAUUGUGGUGCAGUUCAAUGCUGAUGUGGCUGAUGGAAUGCAAUGGAAGUUUAUUCCUACACAAAGAGAGAUAAGGGUGAAACCUGGAGAAAGUGCACUUGCUUUUUAUACCGCUGAAAAUCGAAGUUCAACUCCAAUAGUUGGUGUCUCUACGUAUAAUGUUACCCCUAUGAAGGCUGCAGUUUACUUCAAUAAAAUACAGUGUUUUUGCUUCGAGGAGCAGCGCCUUCUUCCUGGGGAGCAGAUUGACAUGCCUGUGUUCUUUUAUAUCGACCCUGAGUUUGAAACGGAUCCAAGAAUGGAUGGCAUCAAUAACAUAAUUUUGUCCUACACAUUUUUCAAGGUUUCAGAGUAAUAAAGAUGAGCUGCCAUUUCAAUAAUUGUGAAGAUGGUUCACUACGUAAGCGACCAGACUCAAAAUCAUCAAGGAAGAAAGAGAACAAAAAAAGAGCAUUAUAUAUCAAUAUUUGGUGUUUUUUUUUUAAAUUAUAAAAUUCAUAUUUAUUACAGAUCAUGUUUCCUCAUUAGGUUGCAUUUUAAAAUGUAUGCACAAAUAAAGGAAGAUUUUGAAAUGCUAUUCGAAACAGAAUGUAAGAACCUUGUUUCAUGCAAAAUUAACCCGGGAAAGUCACUUGGCUUGAUUGUUUAUCAA